GUGCAACUCACUCGUUCUCCUCACCUGCUCAAAUCAAUCGCAUCCAUCAUACCUCACGUGUCACCAAUCAUACUCUAUCUCUCCACAGCAUCAACAUGCCCCGCGCCGUCAGAGGAGUCCUUAUCGAGUGCGAUCCCUCCGUGAAAGCCAUCAUCCUCAAGUACGACCAAGAAAGACACGACUAUAUCGUCGAAGAUCUGGACGAUGAUCGCCACCUGGUCAUCAAGGAGAGUCAGUUGGCGAAUCUGAAGGCGAGAUUGACCAAGGAGCUCGAUGACAAGGUGAUGCAGCCGGACGAGUCGGAAUCGGAGUAAUCGGAUACUUUAUGUGCGCUGGCGGUUCUGGGUUGCAGGUCUUCUCGGUUCCUGGGUGAUUUGGCAGCGGUCGGUUCGUGUCGCUCGGAUCUGAGGCUUGUUUGGC